ACAAAACAACUAUUUGCAUUUUCUCUUUCGGAAUUGAAAUCCCCAGUUUCAAUCUUCAUCAUUUUUUAGAACCAACCAUUCGAAAUUUCCCAAACCCCAGCUUCGUGCACUAAGGCAGAGUCGUUCCCAAAUCGCCUUCCUAAAUCCCACUUCCAAAUUUGUUCCCAAAUUUGUUUGUUCUUCAAAUACCUGAGGAUUCCGAGUCCCCAAAUCGCGUUUUCAAAACGUGACUCCAAAAAGUUGGGGACUUGAACACUAUUCAACGUUGUUCGCUGCUGCGAGGCCAUUUAGCUUUGGUGGCAAUUUGACUCAAACGGGCAACGCAAGGAAAUCUCCACUAAUUGACCAUUACCAGGUUAGAAAACAAUUCCAACCCAUAAAAAACGCCCUGGAGUUGUCACCCUCACCUUCCAUGAAGAGACUCGUAGAGAGGCCAGCGUUAUGGCUGCCACAGCGUUAUGGCUGUCACUGCUAGGUACACCGAUGCUGUGAGAGUUGCCACUGAUAGAGGCGCCAAGCAGCCGUGAGGUCUGUCCGCUUAUUAUCCCUUACACUGGGAGGGAUUGCAUCGGGAGGCUGCUAGAGAAGCACAAUCGCGAGCUGUGUCUGCUUCUUCCUCGCUGUUGGGAGGAACUGCAUCGCAAGAAGCAUUCCACACGAGUUGCAAUUUAGAAUGGCGAUCCAACACGAUCUUUGUAGAUAGUGAGUUUUAAGUGAAGUGAGAUUGGAGUGGGAGAAGAAGAACAUCCCUUGGCACAGUGUAAUGGAUUCGGACACUGAUGCACCAAAAUCCAAAACUCCCAAAAAGGAGAAGAACAAGAAGAAAAAAGAUGUUCCCCCUCAACCUGAUCGAAUUGAGGUUGUGGUGGAGGUUGUCCAUGAGCAUCCCAAAAAAACAGCUCCUGUUGUUGGUUAUUUUCCUUCGGGUUAUGAUCCGGUUAAGAAUCAUGCCAGUGGUUCCGGUCCCUCUGAAUUUCAACUUUACAGGCACAAGAACAUGUCCAAGAGGAUGCAGUUUGUUGUUCGCCCUCCUGGAUCUUCGGUGGAAUUUGUUGGAACUAGUUUUUCUGGCGAGGCUGCAGCUGGACACCGGGCCAUGUUCGCGCUUGGACUCCUUGAUAAGGAAGCUGGGACCCUGAAGAUUGUUCCCAUUGCUGGUAAUAAGAUAUUCAGAUUGGAGCCAAAGGUUAAAGGUGUGGACGCUGGUGACAAUGAGCCUGCGAACUCAACAUUGGAAGAGAUGACUCCACAGCAGAAGAUUGCGGAGACUACUGCUAUAUGGGGAACAAAGAAGGAUAUAGAGAAGGCUAAAAAGAAGUUAGCUCUCAAACAAGAUGAAGAUCCUAAUUCUCAAAGGAAUCUGAAUGUGAAAAUGAAAAAUGUUUCUGUAAAGAAAAGCGCUCUUCAAAGUACAGAAUCUCAUGUUUCUCGCAACAUACCACCAUAUGAUACUUCUGCAACUACACCUCAGGAGGCAUAUGUAUUGGACAAAAUCAUCCUUACAGGAGAAUGGAAUUAUCUUGAAGACAUUUAUAAAAAAUUGCAUCAGGAAGAAAAGGCGGAUUUCAGUUCUUAUCCAACAUUUGUUCGCAACAGGGUAGAGGGAUUAAGGAAAAUUGAGGAUGAGUCAGAAAAGAGGAAGCUUUCCUGCAUAUUCUCAUACAUCAAUCAUCUGAUAAAGUUCAAAGAUCAGCAUUCCUUUGAUGUUUUCACUGCAAAGGGCCAUAAAAUCCCCAACAUCCUGCGACAUAAAUUUUCAAAUAUGUUUGCUGUUUCUGAAUUAAGAAGGCUACCCCCUGAAAAAAUUUCUCUUCUCAUAAGUUACGUGCUGGUGCUUACGCUUUUCGCUGAUAACUUCAAAACUUACUGCACAGAUAUUGCAAAGGAUCUGAGCAUGAAUGUUUUGGCCGUGAGACAAGUCUAUGAGCAAUUGGGUUGCAAACUUAUCCGUCAGAAAAGCUCUCUUAACGGUUUGUGUGUUACUCUUUCUGUCCCUCUUACAUUUCCUCCUGAGUUAAAGCAAAAAAAGAGGAAGAGGUAGAUGCAUCACUUGAGUCCCUUUUUAGGUCAUUGACUGUUACAAAUCCUGUGAUGUUAAAACAUUGUUAUCCAACACCUCUUCUGAUAGGAUAUUUGUUAUUAUUUCUAUCUGCAUACAUCUGAACCGUGUUUGCCGUUUUAGUAGUUUAAGAAGCAAUUUUGAAAUUAGCAUACUCUAA